UGUUGCCCCUGCUCUGCCGUCUUGGCUCUGGUGGCUCUGCCUCGGUUGUACUGCCACCGCCCCCGCCCCUGCCCCUGGCAGUGUCAUGUAGCCUUAACGGAGACGCCUCUGGCAUUUUCAUUUUCUCAACCCGAACCGAACCAAACCGAACCGAAAAAGUCAUCGCAACACAAAGUCAGGCAGGCAGGCAUUUAGAGGCAGCCGCGCAGCCGCAGUCGCUGCUCGAAAUUCACUCUUGGCUUGGGGAUUUACUUUCCGCUCUGGCUGGGCCUGGAACGGAGCUAGCCAUUUCGCUGUUAUUUUCGACUAGACUGCUCUUUGCUUUUUGCUAGCAGCUUAAAAAGUGAAAACCGCCCACAACCGCAACAAGCGCCACAACGUAUCUACAAGAUACAAUUAUUUUUCCACCACCCUCGGGCACAGGUGACAACAACAACAACGACAGCCACAAAAUGCGUCAGCUGUGCGGCAGCGUCUACACCUGGAACUGUGCCGGGGAACUGUACGCCAUCGAGUGCUCCUUGUGCGAGGAGCGUCCUCUGUGCGCCCUCUCCGAAUUCCCGGAGCACAUGGACGUCUGGCACUCGGACUGGCAGGCUCCGCUGCCUCCCGAUGAAGACGCCGCUCCUGCCGCAUCCUCGCCAGUUCCCCAGCCCGAGGACGAGCUCAUGCAGGAGGUCCUGGCCGAGCAGGGCAUCAACGGCGAGGACAAUGAGCUGAAGCAGCAGCUGGUCCUCGAGCUAAACUCCAGCGAGGAGGAGCUGCUCUCGGACGACGAGGAGCUGAUCGAGGAACUCCAAAUUGCAGAGAGGGAGUCGCCGGGAGAACCCCCAGAAAAUGUUCCGGACUCAACUACCAAUCUGGAGGAGCCAUCGUCUCCAGUUCCUGAAGGCCAACGCCUCACCACCCAGCACGUCCACCGCCUCAUCGAGCUGUACCGCUCGGAACCUCGGCUCUGGAACCAGACCCACGACCAGUUCCGUGACAUGGAGCUGUGCCGCGAGUCCUGGCGCCGCAUCACCGAGUCCUGGAGCGCCUACUGCGGCAGGAGCUUCAGUGUGACAGACGUGCGCAUCCGAGUGUCCACCCUGUGCCAGCGAUUCCUCAAGCAGCGGGAGCGCCUCGAGGCGGACGGAGGAGAGCUGGACGAUGCGGCCAAGUUCGUCCACUUCGACCAGCUGAGCUUUCUCUGCGAACAGCAGUCCCUGCUGAACCGGCAGAGGCACUACGUCCGGGAGAACCGCCGCCUGCUCGAGCUGUACGAGCACUAUCCGGUGCUGUGGCACAACGCCCACAAGAGGAUCAGAUGUCCGGAGACGGUGAAGCGUCGCCACGAGGCCCUCCGCGGCCUCCAACUGGCCUUGCGGCUGUCCGGUAUCAGUCUGUCCCCGGUGGUCAUCCAGAGGAGACUGCAGUCCCUGAGGAAACGCUAUCGCCUGGAGAAGAUCAGCUAUUUGCACAGCGUGGUGGCCGGAAAGCAGGCGGAAUUCGUGUCCGGAUUCGAGCACUACGGGGAAAUGGAGUUCCUCAACAAGCACAUCGAUCCCUAUGUGUGUGCCGUGUGUGGGAAGAUCUUCGAGAACCUGGCAGGACAUCAGGCUCACGUCCAAAGCGGCUGUGAGCAGGAUGCCAAGACCGCGGAGGAUGUUCCUUUUCAGGAGGCCAAGGAUCCCAUCUCGCCGGAUAAAAAGGACCCUGAAAAAGAGCCGGAAAAAGCGAAGGCAACUGAGGAUCUACCUUCUUUGGAGGAAGCCUGUGCUGCAGUCUCCAGUGAGCUGGACACUUCCAUGGGUGGAAGUCCCUCUCUGGGGGGAGAGGACUCCACUUCCGAGGCAGCCCGUCUCCGGAUGAGCCCGGAACACACACAGAUCCUGGUCGAACUGUAUCGGAGCCAGGUGUGCCUCUGGGACCCCAACCACCUGGACUACCACGCCCGGAAACAGCGUCGCCAGGCCUGGCAGAAGAUCACCGAGGAUCUCAACACCAAAACUGGACAGACUCUGAACUGGCAGCAGGUGCACCGCAAGAUUAUGGACUUCAUAAAGUACUACAAGAAGGAGAGGACCAGAAGCCAGGAGGGGCCCAAGGAAGGCGAUCCCCUGAAGGAGCAGUGGAACCUGUUCGAGGAGUUCCGCUUCUUGGACGACGUCCUGCCCAUCAGCAAUGAGCUGCAGAAGUCCACGAAUCAGAGGGAGAGCAACCUGAAGAUCAUCUCGGUGUACCAGAGCUACUCCCAGCUCUGGUGCACGGAUCAUCCGGACUACACGAAGCGCAGGCAGCGCCAGAGGCAACUGGAGUCCUUGUGCAACCGCUUGCAGGAGGAGUGCAACAUCCAGAUGACGGUGGAGCGCCUGAAGAGCCGCCUCAUAGACUUCCGGUGUCAGUAUCGCCAUUGCAAGGAAGCCCGGAUGGAGGCUCUGAAGAAGUCCGAGGACUGGACGCCCACCUACGAGUUCUACGAGCCCUUGCGCUUCCUGGAGCUGCAUGUGGCGCCCUUCCAGUGCCCCCGGUGUCCGGCGAACUUCAAGAGACGCACCGACUUCCUGCAGCACGAGAGGAAUGUGCACACGGACGUCGAGCGCAGCCUGGACGGGGAGUUCCGCUACGUGAAGCGCCGGCGUGGCAAGAAGUUCCAAGAGGACCAGGAUCAGGACCUGGACCUGACCAACGUCUGCCACAUCUGCGGCCUCAAGUUCACCCUCCGCACCAGUCUGAUGGCCCAUUUGAGGCGCCACCUGGGCCAGAGGAGCCAUGCCUGCGGCGAGUGCCCCAAGAAGUUCUUCAACUCCACGUCCCUGCGCGUCCACCAGCGCAGCCACACCAAGGAGCUGCCCUACGUCUGCGAGCACUGUGCCCGAGGCUUCGUCAAUGCCAGCAAGCUGAACCAGCAUGUGAAACGGCAUCGCAACCAGAGGGACUUCCCCUGCAACCGAUGCGACAAGGCCUUCUAUACGGCCCACGAACGCGAUCGGCACCUGAGGGCCCACUUGAACAUUCGCGACAAGGUCUGUCCCUACUGCUCCCGGGCCUUUGUGGUGGGCAGUGCCUACUACGCCCACCUCAAUCUCCACCGGAGCGAGAAGCGCUACGGUUGCGCAGCCUGCGGCAAGAGGUUCGCCCAGUACGCCGGGUUGUACAAGCACCGGAGGCGCUGCCUGCCCGCCGAGGUCAUCGAGGAGUGAGCCUGCGAACUGGCCUUGACCUAAUCCCUAACCCUGGAGACUGAAUCACUUCUGGAAUAUGAAAGAGGUGACAUCUAAAAACCCUACAUUCCGGCCUUUUGUGUUCCAAAACCAUAACAAUACUCUU